AUGGGCUCGCUUACACUCCGCGAAAACACAUUCGACCACAGCGGCGACAAGACCACCUUUUACUGGUCCGCCGGCCCCACCGAUGGUCCCCUCGUGAUCCUCAUUCACGGCUGGCCCGCCAACGGCGAGACGUGGAAGCCCCAGCUCCUCGCCCUCGGCGGCCUUGGCUUCCACGCCGUCGCCCCCGACACCCGCGGCUACGGCCGCUCCAGCGUGCCCAAGGGCCACGAGGCGUACGCCCUCGAGCACCACGUCUCGGACAUGCUGGCGCUGCUCGCGCACCUGCGCCGCGACAAGGCGGUCUGGAUCGGCCACGACUGGGGCGCGGGGCUCGUGUGGGCCUUUGCCGCCAUGCAGCCGGAAAAGUGCAUCGGCGUCUGCUGCCUGACGGUGCCGUACGCCGUCCUCGGUCAGGGCAUCGAACUUCUCGCCAGCCUGUCUGACCGCGAAAUCUACCCGGAGGACCAGUUCCCCAACGCCCAGUGGGAUUAUAUGGCCUUCCACAACGAGCAGCCCGAGGCCAGCACCGCGCAGCUUGGCGCAAACGUUCCCAACACCGUCAAGGCCCUCUACCGUCCCGGCAACGCCGAAAGAUACCGCAAGCCGGCCUUCACGGCGAUGAUGCGCAAGAUUGGCGGCUGGUUCGGUAGCCCGACGGCCGAGGCGCCCGACGUGCCGUUCGAGGCGACUCUUUUCGCCCAAGACGAGCCCGCAUUCGAGAGGUUGGUUGCCGAGCUCCAAAAGAACGGCUUCGAGGGCCCCAAUGACUACUAUCGCAACUUUGACACGAACCGCGAGUACUUGGCCAAGGCGCCCAACGGCGGACGCCUGAGCUUCCCUGUGCUCUUCAUCGGAGCGCGAUGGGACAGCAUAGUCGACACGACGAUUUCGAGGUUGGCCGAGCCCAUGAGGGACCUGUGCGAUGAUUUGACCGAGGUGACCAUCGAGGCCGGCCAUUGGGUUGCCCUUGAGAAGCCCCAGGAGACCAACGCGGCGCUGGUGAGGUGGUUGGUGACCAAGCUCCCUACGACUUACCCGGGGUACUGGAAGAAUCCGUUUGUGUCCCGGGCGUAA